UCUCCCCAGAAUUAAGCACGUAAGACAUAUAUAUCGAAAGCAUGAGUCGACCACCUAAAACCCAUCCAAGUUUCAACUAUAAGCUUCUUCUCCUCGGAGUUUUCCUGGCUUUCGUUGUCCUCUUUGUUCUGAGAUCAAGCUUCUCAUCAUCAUCUGAUCUUAAUCAAAAUUCAUCUACCAUCAUACCAGAGGUACCUUCUGCUAAAGAUUUAAGUACUACUUCUACAAACUGCUCACCAAAUACUACCGGUUGUAACAAGAUCCCAUCCUCUCUAGCGCAAACCAUAAUCCACUACACAACCUCAACCAUCACCCCACAACAAACUCUCAAGGAAAUCACAGUGACAGCAAAGAUUCUAGAGAAAAAAUCACCAUGUAACUUCCUUGUCUUUGGCCUCGGCCACGACAGCCUUAUGUGGAGUGCACUCAACCAUGGGGGCAGGACAGUUUUCCUUGAAGAAGACGAGUCCUGGAUCGAGCAAAUCCGACGCCGCUUCCCCACGUUGGAAUCAUACCAUGUCACAUAUAACAGCAAGGUGAAUGAGGCUGAUAAUCUUAUGGAUGUGGGCAAAGGGCCUGAGUGCACUGCAGUUGGUAGUGAUAUUAAGUACAGCAUGUGCCAAUUGGCUUUGAAGGGUUUACCAAGUGAAGUGUAUGACAUCAAAUGGGAUUUGAUAAUGGUAGAUGCCCCGACCGGGUAUCAUGAUGAAGCACCGGGAAGAAUGAGUGCAAUAUACACAGCCGGAAUGAUAGCCAGAAACAAAGAGGAAGGGGAGACUACUCAUGUUUUUGUUCACGAUGUGAAUAGAGUUGUCGAAGACAAAUUCUCUCUGUCAUUCCUUUGUAAAGGUUACAUGCAAAAACAGCAAGGGAGAUUGAGGCACUUCACUAUUCCUAGUCACCGGGAUGGUUCCGGCAGGCCAUUUUGCCCGGAAUGAUUAGAAUUUUGUUUUUGAAAAUGCAGUUUCGUUUCGAAAUGAAUAUUGUUUCAAGGUUUAUUUGAAUGCCAGCUAGCUGCUGGCUAUGGCAUCUGUGUGUACGUACGUAAGAUGAUGGAGCAGCUUUCAAGGCUAGAGACUACCAUGCGUACAACAAGAAUUUUGACAAAUAAUUUGAUAAGAGAUUAUUGGCUCUCGAGAAAUGCUUUUCGACAUGUAUCAAUAGUGUUUUCCUAGUACAAACAUUGAAACAUAUAAUAGCAGUUGGUUUGACAUUCAUUC